CGAUCAGAAGGACAUUUUUGAACAAAAAUUUUCCGUUUAGUAAUUUACACUCUGUUGUUGGAAUUCGCAUUUAAAAUGUGGCUUGUCGUUUGAAAAUGUUUUCAUUUAUGUUUUCGUUUUGGUAAUUACAUUUUUGUUUAAAAUAAAUUUUACGUCACAUAGGAGAGUGGAGAAUUGGUGAAGAAAAAAAAAACCGAAAUAUCAUCAAACAAAAAUUCAAAUCCAAUUCAAUUUUGAAGUGAUUCUAAUCUAUAAAUCAAUUAAAAUACAUCGAAAUCAGUGGUCCAAUUUAGUGUUGUCGUGGUAUUUUCAAACAAACACAAGUAUCAGUCGUUCAAGACAAUAAAGCAGGAAAUUUAAAACCUGAAAACAACUGGGAACAAAAAUAAACAAAACAAAAAAUUGGUUUUUUCUUAAAAUUAGAUGAAUCUACAAGCGUCUGUACACGGUGUCACAUAUCAAAUAUAGUUCGUGUUUUUUAACCAUAUGUUUUCGUACUGGUCAUCGUUAAUAACUGUCCGCCUUAUGAAAAUUUAAAAAAAAAAAUGAAAAUGAAAAUGACACAAAAAAAACCUUAAUUCACUGACCAUAUCCAUAAUUGAACAGUCCUUCUAAAAGGAAUUUUGAUGGAGAAUUGAGUUUUAUGGCAUAGACUAAUUUACUUCGAUAGAAAAAACGCUAUCGGUAUAAUGGAAUAACCAUUCAAAUAAUUAUUCAUUUAUGGAGGUUUUCGUAUAUAGCCUGUGUACAUAAGAGGGCAACACAAAAAUUUAUAACAAGAAAAUUAAUUGAUUGAUUCUAUUGAUUUUCUAUCUGAACUGAAUGCCAUAUUAUACCUUGACGGGGGGAAAAAGUAACGAAAAAUUUGUGUAUCAUUCAACGGACAAAUAAAUGUUUGUAGAGAAUAUUGGGAAAAUAGUAAUAAAUUGUGUCAAUUGUGAGCUGUUGUGUGGUAUAUAAUUGUGACUCGGUAAUAAUGUUUUUGUAUCCUUUGUCGAAAUAAUAAAUGUUUGUGGAACUAAAUAGUAAAUUGACCAAUUUAUAAAUAUACUCGACAACUGUGUGAACUGUAACACAGAAAAAAGGAAAACGAAAAACUUGUCGUCUUGUCGUUGAUCAUCAUCAUCAUCACUGUAUUAAUAUACAUCCAUAAUGGCUGUUUGAAUAUUAAAUAUUUCAUUCGAAGGAUAAUGAUCUAAUAAAAAUAUUAAUUAGUACAAUUGUUUGAAGCCAACUUUAUUAAUGGCUACAAUCUGCUAGCUCACUGUAAACAUCACCACUUGGAUAUUUGGUUUGCGGGGAUCGAAACUCACAAAAAUCCUAACAUACCAGAAUAUGAUAAAAAAUGUCUCACCAAAAUGAAAUCGAAGCAACAGCAAAUUCCGGCUAUGGCAGUGGUGACGAAACCACCGAAACGGCAUCAUUGCUGGUGCCAGCAACAUCAAGCCAUAACAUAGCAGUUCCGGGCACAUCACCGUUGUGCCAAUCAAAAAUGGCCUCGAUAAAUGGGCCCACAUCCUCUAAACCGGUGCUGAUGCGCCAAGAUCGAACAUCUACAUAUUUGACCAGUCCAAAUUUGUCACAAACGCACGGCUGUUCCGAAGAAAGUGGACCCAGCAUAGAGGACAGUGAAUCGAAUCCAAUUGUAACAUCAAUAACCGACAUCGACGUACAAUAUCGUCUCGAAACGCCAGUCAUAUCCAUAUCGAAUGCCGGUCGCAGUGGACAUCGCAGCUCGGUGAGUGGAUAUAAUCAACUAUCACCGCACAUGAGAUGUCGUGCUUGUCGAAGCUGUGAACGACGUGCCUCCACUACCCCUGUGUCUUCAUUUCAUUUAGCGAGAUCCAUUUCAAGAGAGAGUGUGCGCAGUAAUGCCGUUCGUCUUUCACCAAUUUCACCAAACAUGCAAUAUAAGCACAUACCACCACCCGUUCUAAUAACCGGUUCACCAACGUCUGGUUCUCGCAUUAUACGACAGAGUUCGCAACCGGAGGCGAGUAGCAUUUGUUGCGGCAGUCAUAGUAAUGCAUGCAUUCAUUCGCAAACAGCACCAAGUGUUUCGUUACGGCAAUUGCGGGAACCGAGCGAAGGUAUUGCAGGAAUAGCAGCCGAUUCGUUGCGAAUAAAUGGUGCGAUGAGACCGUUUAAGCAGGGUGUUCUGCUGUGUCCCCAAACAUUAUCGCAAAGUAGAAGAACACGUCUACGGCGGGCCUUCACCGAGGCUACCAGUGACACAAUGCAUUAUGUUAAAACGCUCCGUAAACCUGUAUCCACAUUGUCGAUUCCCGGCUCGAUGAAAACACCUUGUGCUGGCAAUCGAGAAACAUUGUCGAACGCAUGCAACGAAGAAGCCGGUAUCGCACUCGUAGGAGUACACUCGGAAUAUCCCAGGUACAUGGAGGAGCGAGGCCUGGGUGGCGGCGCAUUAAAACCACAUUGCGGCUCUAUUUCCGGAACCAAACAUAAACCGAACGUAGGCUAUCGUUUGGGUAGACGGAAAGCUUUAUUCGAAAAACGAAAACGUAUUAGCGAUUACGCGCUAGUGAUGGGAAUGUUCGGGAUAAUUGUUAUGGUUGUAGAAAACGAAUUAAGCAGCGCUGGCGUGUACACAAAAGCUGCAUUUUAUUCAACGGCUUUAAAAACGUUAAUAUCCGUAUCGACUGUGAUUCUUCUAGGUUUGAUUGUAGCUUAUCAUGCGUUAGAAGUACAGCUAUUUAUGAUAGAUAAUUGUGCCGACGACUGGCGAAUCGCUAUGACAUGGCAACGAAUAUGUCAAAUAACAUUAGAACUAACAAUAUGUGCCGUACAUCCAAUACCGGGACAAUACACUUUUCAGUGGACAACCAAAUUAGCCAAUAAAAAUAAACAAAUGGGAACAGAAACGGUUCCAUACGAUGUAGCAUUAUCAUUGCCAAUGUUCCUUCGGCUGUACCUGAUAUGUCGUGUUAUGCUGUUACACUCAAAAUUAUUUACGGAUGCGUCGUCACGUAGUAUAGGAGCUUUAAAUCGCAUAAAUUUUAAUACAAGGUUUGUUUUGAAAACUCUUAUGACAAUAUGUCCAGGCACUGUGCUGCUCGUAUUUAUGGUUUCGCUGUGGAUUAUUGCAUCCUGGACGCUCAGACAGUGUGAACGGUUUCAUGAUGAGGAGCAUUCGAAUUUACUAAACACGCUCUGGUUAACGGCUAUAACAUUUCUCUGUGUUGGAUACGGUGACAUUGUACCCAAUACUUAUUGCGGCCGAGGAAUAACCCUUACAUGUGGUAUGGUGGGUGCUGGAUGCACGGCUCUAUUGGUUGCAGUGGUAUCACGGAAAUUGGAAUUAUCGAGAGCCGAAAAGCAUGUACAUAAUUUCAUGAUGGAUACACAACUGACGAAAAGGCUUAAAAAUGCCGCAGCGAAUGUACUCCGAGAAACAUGGUUAAUUUAUAAGCAUACCCGUCUGGUGAAACGAGUCAAUCCCGGACGAGUACGGACACAUCAGCGAAAAUUCCUAUUGGCUAUAUAUGCUUUGCGAAAAGUUAAAAUGGAUCAACGAAAACUAAUGGACAAUGCCAACACAAUUACAGAUAUGGCUAAAACACAAAAUACGGUUUACGAAAUCGUUUCCGAUAUGUCGUCCAGACAGGAUGCCGUCGAAGAACGACUAUCCAGUUUAGAGGAUAAAAUGCAAGCAUUGCAGGACCAAUUGGACCGGACAUUGGACGCUCUGCCGGAGCUGUUAACUCGGUGUCUGACACAGCAUCAGGAACGUGUCGAUCAACGGCGAAACUUUCUACAUCCUGAUACGGCUGCAGCGUCAACAUCCAUUUUGCCAACGCCAACAAUACCAUCGCCAAUCUUUAUUCCACAUUCGAGUUGCAUUUUCAGAAGCGAACCAUCCGCCACAACACCAUCAUAUCAAUGGCCAACGAGCCCAAUAUUACCACCGAUAUCUAGCCGAACACCACAUUUAGUGCCAGUUACAUUUAAUCCACACGGAACAUCAUCGUCAUCAUCGUCAACGCCUGCAACAACGACAACAUCAUCGUCAACAACAACAAACACCGCGGCCACCACCAGCGGUGCAAUGGCAUCAAAUAGUUCUAAUGCAAUUACAAAUUCGUUUACACAUCGUCAACAGUCUAGCUGAAUCGUAUUAACUUCAUCAACAACAACAGCAACCACCGCCAUCGUCACACAUCAUUCAUUACCGUCAUCGACGUCAUCUAGUUCUCUAUCCAAGUACACGAAAUCCAGAAAGCGUUCCGCACGUGUGUCAAGUUAGUAUCUUAGAUUAUUAAAUUAAAAAUUAGUAAAACCAAAAAAACCAAGAAAAAUGAAAAUUUAUUAAAAAUAGAA